AGCGAAUGAGCAUGACCACGCCACGCGCCUUCGUGUGACAGGUAUCCUCCCGCCACACUCCUUUCCUUUUUAAUCACAAACCAAUCCUCUUUUCUCUCUCUUCUGCCCUAAUUUCAACUAUUUCAAUUAUAACUCUUUCACUUUCAUUUCUCGAUUCCAAAUUAUUCUCUCAAUAAUCAACUUCCUCCUUCAACCUUGAUUCACCGUUCAACAUAUUCUAAUUCUAUUCCUUAGGAUUCGUCUUUCUGGAAAAUUGUUGACAGUGAUAACUGGUUUUGUUGAUAUGGGAUCAGAAAGUAUUGCUCCCAUGGUUGAGACUUCAAAAAACAGGUCUUGUAAAAUGAACCAAGGGAAAGUCCCCAAGAGAAUUCACAAGGCCGAAAGAGAGAAAAUGAAACGUGAACACUUGAACGAACUCUUUCUUGAUCUUGCCAACGCUCUUGAUCUCAAUGAUCCGAACAGUGGAAAGGCUUCUAUAUUGUGUGAAGCUUCUAAGCUGCUAAAGGAUUUGCUCUGUCAGAUUCAUUCCCUCAAGAAGGAGAACGUCUCUUUGUUGUCUGAAUCUCAAUAUGUGACCGUGGAGAAAAAUGAGCUUAAGGAAGAGAAUAGUAGCCUAGAAACUCAAAUUGAGAAGCUUCAAGGAGAGAUACAGGCAAGGAUGGUUCAUUCUAAACCUGACCUGAAUGCACCUCCUCAAUUGGAACUUGAGCUGCCAGAGCAGACAAAAUUUGCAGGAUAUGGUCUCCAAAUGCCUACCAUAGAACCUUCAUUGCAGCAAGGACCUGCUGUUUUGGUUGUCCCUUUUCGUCCCGAUCUUCAAGCUGCUUUUCCAGCUCCUAACAUUACCGAUCCAAACCCUACAUCUGUUAUCAGUAAACCACAUGCCAGAUAUCCCACACCAGCAGAUUCAUGGCCAUUGCAACUGCUUGGAGAGCAACCAACUUCUAGUUAAACUUGUUAAUUUGUAGAGCUCUAGUUUCAGUAUUGGUAUAAUCAGCCAACUACCUUUCCUAAUUGCAAUGCUGCUCUGGAGCUGUGUAUAAAUUAUAGAUGUUCAAUUAUCUUAGAAAAUUUUACUCAGUUCUAUUUGUGUCUUAGUUAUGAUUUAAGUUAGGUCAUCUUUUACAUUUUGUCUUCCAUUGGCUGAACUGAAAUACACCAUCAACAGUUACAGUAAUCAAUGAUCUUGGUUGUCCGUGAA